AUGAAAACCCGAGCGGAGAGAACAAAACUUUUGUGGUGCGAAGAAAUAAUAAGCCACAUCAGGUCAGGGAAAGGACCCAAUUGUAAAGAGAAAAUUACUUGUACAGACAGAUCCAAUGAAGAGGAAGAAUUCUUACAAAGAAGAAGAAGAAGAAGUAAACGGGAUUUUGUACAUUUCGAACGUAAUUGUGUUAAGCAUAUUUAUAAGAAUUGCUACUUCCUGCAGAAAUUCCUUCGUUAUAAAGCGCAUCCUGGGAGACUUAAAAGAUGUAAUAAACAUGAUACCUUAACCAAAAUUCCACAUGUAACAAAUGGAGAAAGCGGGCAUGCUGUAGAUGGGAAGGAAUCGGAGCAUGUCCUGAACACGGAAUGGGAGGGAAGUACCAUGCGCAAUACUACCCUGAAGCAUGAACUGCAGAGAAAAGCAUCCAGGGGAGUUCAUACAGCAGCGCAUAAAUACACAACAGAUUUAAUGUUAACGCAGACCAUCAUCCUAAGUCUGUUCGAACCUUCGUUGUUAAAAAUUUCGUUAAAGUAUUUUAACCUCCUGACCGCGUCGAUAGUGAAUCAGAUAUUUCAGGAGGCGCUACACAUGGCAAGUUACAACUAUUUGGAAGGGGGGGAGCAGAAUGAAAGCGGAAACACAGAGCGUGUACUUACUCUUAAUGUAUCCACAAGAAAGAGAGCGACGACAGUUGACGGAGGUGACAGCGAAAGGAGAAAAAAAAAACAACACAGGAAAGAGAAGCGCAUCGGUUCGUUGAAUGAAGAGGAGAGUGACACUCUUCCCGUUCUGCAUAUUUACAACCUCAUCAAAAAGUAUAACAUAAAUAUCGAAUUUUAUUUUUGCAUGAUAUGCAUGAAUAGCAUACUCUUUAGCAAGGAUUCAUUUUUUAAAAGUGCUUUAGAUUAUUUUUUUAAGGAGGUAUUUCCUAAAUCUUCUCACUGUUAUGGAUACUUCGAUAGGAUCGUAUCGAGGUACUUGAAGGAGCAGGAUUCCACAUUGGUCAAGAGAAUAGAUGUGAAUCACGUGGAGGGCAUUUCGAGGAGCCCUAUUAAAUGCCCUUCAUUUAGCACUUCUACCCAUUACUGCUUGCAAAUGUUGCUCCUUUUUUGCCACCUGAGUUUGGAGAAGACUUUGGAUACAGCGUACCUGAAUCUGUUGCCUGCAAUUUUAAAGUGCAAACGGAGAAAUCCUUUUUUUGAAGACUUAAUAUAUCUGAUUUAUAUGCACUAUCAUGAAAUUGGGAGAGCUAUCUUUGUAGAGGAAAUAAUAACCAACCAUACACAUAACCGUGAAGUUAUUCACGACAUAUCGCGUGAUAUACGACAUGUCUUGCUAAAGCACCGAUACAACGUGCAAAAUCUGGAUUACCUGCACGUGGAGAAAUUCCGAAUCAACAGAGAUGAGAAUGCUUGUGUCAAAUUUUAUGUGGACAUCGAAUCAGUGAUAUAUCCCUCCUUUUGUAUCAAAGGGAGAGAAUUCAAAACGAUCAAGACAGAGGGAACAACCAAGUUUGUUCUGACAAGUAGGCUGAAGAGCAUAAUCGAAAUGAUGGUGACAAACAUCUAUGACAACAGAGCAACCAUCCUGAUAGGAAGUCAAGGUUCUGGAAAAACUUCCCUAAUUAAUUAUAUACAUGAAAAAAUAUUUGAAAAUGAAAAGGAAAAGAAAGGAAAUGUUAUAAGUUUAUACUUAGAUGAUGUGGUAGAUUCUAAAUCCAUUUUAGGUAUUUGGGAAAGCAAUGAAAAACGCUUUGAAUUUAAGUUUGGUGUAUUGGCCAAGGCUAUGAUGAGUGGAAAAUGGAUCGUGUUUGAGAAUAUCAAUAAUAUUUCCAGCAGUGUAGUGGAGAAGUUGUGCGAGCUCACUAGCAAAGGGCACAUUUAUUUGUCGGAGAAGGGAGAGCACAUUUACCCCCACAAGGACUUCCGUCUGUUCGCGACCAUCACGGUGGGGGAUACUGCUGGUCGUGUUGAUCGUGUUGACGGUGUUGAUCGUGUUGACGGUGUUGAUCGUGUUGACGGUGUUGAUCGUGUUGAUCGAGUUGAUCCCGUUGAUCGAGUUGAUCGAGUUGAUCGAGUUGAUAACGUUGAUCCUGUUGACAUUGUGAAGGACAGCGCGAAGGACCGCGCGAAGGGUCAACUGAGCGAGCUUGUCCGACUGAACCAUCGUCCAGGCCACCUGAGUAGCCUGUUCAACAAGUGGCACAGUAUACACAUCGGAAGCUACAGCAAGGAGGAAAUAGAAGAAAUUAUGCGGAAAAAAUUGAAACACGGAGUGAACGAAAAUUACAGGAGAGUAAUUUUUCGGGGUUACAACUCCAUGAAGAUGCUUCUAGAGAAGUACCCCUUGUUCAGAAGCAUUAACCUGCACGACUUGGUAAAAAUUAUCAAACGGGUUAAGAAAAGAAAAAUCUUUAUGUACGACAAUGAGAAAACCAGAGCCAUAUUAUUCCAAACAUGCAAGUCCAUCCUCACGUCACAUAUCCCGAAUGCCACUUUGAGAUCCCACUUCCAAAAAAAACUUCUCAAAAUAUUCGAUCUACAAGAAAAAACUGUCACCAAGUGGUUACAAUUAGACACUCUUAAUGAUUUCAUGGAGCAUUUUAACGAAACCUUAGGAAAGGAAAAGAGGAAAAUUUCUCUUCAGUGUGAGAAAAUUACGAAUGACUCCUUCCUCCUGACAUCCGUGCAUAAAUCCAUUUUAUACGAAAUUAUCGAGGGGGUCCACAAUAGGGAAAGUAUCCUACUGAUAGGGGACACUGGUGUUGGUAAAACAGCACUGGUGGAUUAUGUUGCGAAACUUUUCAGGAAGAAAUUACUGGUUUUUGUCUUCAGCGAACAGUCUGAAGCAUCAGAUCUUGUAGGGAAUUACUACCCAUUCAAUAUAAGCGUAAAGACGAAUGAAUUGUUCGAAGAAUUAAAAAGUUUGAAUGCCCAAGUUGGUAGACACUUGUGUCAUAAGGAGUUAGACGUUCUUUAUCUCAAACUGAAAAUCCUUUUAAGUGAGAAGAAAUUUAUUACCUUUUUAAAUACUUGCCACAACUUUGCCAAGUGCUUGGUUGAGAAAUUUGAAAAUGACACAAGCAUUUUUGAUAUGGGCCUUGUGAAGAAGUACAGAAUAUUUCAGCACGACUGUGACGAUGUAAUCCAUUUUUGGAGUUCCGGUGGGGAGAAAAGUGGACAAGCAGGUGGUGCACGUAAUCGGGAUGGUAACAAGAUUCCAGCUUUGAAGCUCCAAUUAGAUAAACUUUUUCGAACGGAGGGACAACAUAAUGGAGACAUUACUCGAAACAAUUCGUGCGAAGCACCCCCAGAGGAACAACAUGAGGAAGAAGAGUGCAACCUAAACGCGAAUGAGUUGAUUUUCAAGUUCCAUGAUGGCAUCCUCAUAGACUGUAUUAGGAAUGGCUACUGGUUACUAUUGGACGAAAUAAACCUAGCACAGACGGAAAUUUUGCAACGGUUGCAGGGGUUACUUGACUUGUCGAACAAACACUUCGAUGUGGUGGAGAAAGGAAAUGAGCAAAUAAAAAUUCAUCCUAACUUUCGUCUCUUCGCGUGUAUGAACCCUCCAAUCAUCCCGAAUUUGAAAAAGGGAAAAGGUAACAUGGAUGAAGAAGCCAAGAAGAAGGCGAACAACGGAAAGGAUAACACCCUCCAGCAGAGUGACCAUGUCGACGCGGACGAGGUGGACGAAGAGGAACACCACAUCGACCUAUAUAACAGUUCUGUAUCAUCCGGUAAGAAGGAACUACCUCCCAUUUUACGGAACAAGUUUACAGAAAUCUUCGUGGACGAAAUAUUACAGUUCGACGAUGUCCAAAUGUUAGUGAAACACUUACUUAGGGAGGUCACUUCUGAUGGAGACUUGAUAAAAAAUAUCACCAACUGUUAUCUCCAAAUAAAGAAGGAGAGUUUGAAAAAUAUGAACAUUGCACAAAAAAAGCCCGUUUUUUUUUCCACUCGAAAUUUAGUAAGGGCAAUACAACAUGCAAUCUACGUACACAAGAGAAAAUUCAACCCCUUGCCGCUACAUGUAGCUGUUAGAAAUGGAUUCGUAUGUAACUUCUUAAGCUCCGUCAGUGUGGAUAACGAGAAACUGAUGGAUCAUAUUUUUAAUAAACAUUUGAAAUGUAGCCAAUGGAAGAGUGCGGAAGAAAAGGGCGGUCGCUGCAAUGAAAAAAGCAUGGAAAUUGAAAAAAACGGUAUCAUAAAUUAUGGCUUGUUAGAGAGCUAUUAUGAGUAUAGACAUUUCGAUACCAAGACGGGAAUCUGCAAAGAGAAAAAUGACCUCUCCUGCUUUGUAAAAAAUUGGAACGGUGCAAAAAGGGAAGAAGUAAAAAGGGAAGAAGCACAAAGAGACGGCCAAAAAAAUUCCCAUGAAGAAGACAACCAAAGGAGUGACCAUGUGGACAAGUACGCAUGUGUAGAAAAUAGCUGGAUCCUGUGUGGAAAGGAAGAAAUAAAUCUCGUAAAAAUUCUGUCCAAUUUUAUAAUUACGAAAAAUGUGAAGGAAAAUAUCAGAAAGUUGGCACUCUGUUUGAGUGGUUCGAAAACGCCUAUUUUAUUGGAAGGAAAUACCUCUGUUGGAAAAACCUCCUUGGUAAAAUUCUUUGCAGAUAUAACAGGUCAUAAAUUUGUAAGGAUAAAUAAUCACAUGAACACAGAUAUAAAUGAGUACUUUGGACAAUUUGUUAAUGAUCCAAGUACUGGAAAUUUAAUUUUUGAAGAAGGUGUUUUUGUGAAAGCAGUACGAAAUGGGUAUUGGGUUGUUCUAGAUGAACUGAACUUGGCACCAUCAGAAGUUUUAGAAUCCUUGAACAGAAUUUUAGAUGACAAUAAGGAGUUAUACAUCCCUGAAUUGAAAAGAUAUGUUAAGGCACAUAAAGACUUCAUGCUUUUUGCCACUCAAAAUCCAGCCAAUAAUAAUAACUACCUUGGAAGGAAAGAAUUAUCAAAAGCCUUUAGGAGCAGAUUUAUAGAAUUCUACAUCAACGAUUUUGAAGAAAGUGAAUUGGAAAUUAUUUUACACAGACGAUGUGCCAUAUCUCCAAGUAUCGCCAAAAAAAUGAUACGUGUCUUUUCUCAAUUGAAAAUUGUUAAAUCCAAUUACAACUACUUCAAUGAUAAUUUAAUGACUCUCCGUGAUUUAAUAAAAUGGGGAAACAGAUGUCCAAGGAGCAAUGCCGAUGCCUGUUUACAGGGUUACUACAUCAUUGCGGAGAAACUCAGGAAUGAGAAGGAUCAACAGACUGUCAAAACUAUUUUGUGUCAAAACUUCCUACCAAAAGGGGAGGAAUUAAUCGUGCCGUAUGGGGAUGAUCAAGAUGUGCUACUUUUGAAAGAAAAUUUUUGGAGGAAAAUUUCACAUUUGGGUAAAUCCACACCGGUGCAUGCGAGCAACGUCAAUACGGGGGAGAAGGUACACCCCCCUGAGGAAAGCACUUCCAAUUUUUCACACGACGAUGUUGGAAGAAUGCAAUAUCUGAAGAAUAUGUACUUGGGAAAAAGCACGAGCAGAAUUUUAUGCCUUCUACUAAAAUGCUUGAAAUAUAAGGAAUCCGCCCUGCUGAUCGGAGAAACGGGGUGUGGAAAAACCACAUGCUGCGAGUUGCUAAGUUUUGUGAGAAAUAAGAAAUUAAACAUUUUAAAUUGUAACGAAAGCACAGAUGUAUACGAUAUUAUAGGUAGCUUAAAAUUAGUUAGAAAUAAAAAAGAAAAUUUUGAAAAAGUAAAAAAGAACUGUAUCGAAUUGUACAAUGAAAUAUUGAGUCAGUAUGAGGAUACAUUUGCAGCGAACUAUUUAAGUGGUAUAAUACACGAUCAAAUUAGGGAGAUAAAGAAGGAAGACUUGUUAAUAUUUACAUUAUAUCUACAGAAGAGGUACACCCUGAGUGAGUCUAUAAAAAGUAAACUUCUCAAACUGGAAAAAUCCAUAAACAAUUUAAAGUCCAUUUUUACCUGGUUUGAUGGAAUUCUCGUUUCUUCUUUAAAAAAAGGAGAUAUUUUUCUCAUGGAUGAAAUUUCGCUAGUCGAAUCGGCUGUAAUAGAAAGGUUAAACUCCGUGUUGGAAUACGAAAGAACUUUAUUAUUAACAGAAAAAGGGGGGAAGGAUAUCCAAAAUGUGAAGGCGCACGAUGAGUUUUUCUUUAUAGGAACCAUGAAUCCAAGUGGUGAUUUUGGAAAAAAGGAAAUCUCACAAACAUUGAAAAAUAGGUUCACAGAAAUUUUUGUGCCACCCUUUGCUUACGAUUCGGAGGAUUACUACUUCCUAAUCCUCAAGCAGAUGAAGUUUACGAAAGUGAAGAAAAUCAAAUGUGGGAUAGCUGACUGUCUGCGUAGACUCUUUCAUCAAAUUGCACAAAAUAAAUCCUCUACAAAUGAUAUCAUCCUAUCGGUAAGAGAUACCAUCAAGUGGAUCUCCUUCAUGAAUGUGUACCUAACUAAAUGGAAGGAGAGAUAUCUCAGGAGGGGGAUCCAGCCAAAGAAGAGUGCACUCAAACGGUGCAUUGUGAGAAGUUUCUUCCACAGCGGUUUCCUUAUACUAAUAGACGGAAAAGAGGAUGCCAAAACCAAAGUGAUUUUGAAACAACUACUGCACAGGAGCCUGCUAGAAUUGGUUUCCUCCAUUAACUGUAACAUGGCUAAAAAGGGAACACAGGAAAAUAGACAAUUAGCUCCGGUAGAUGCUCUUUUCAACCAAACAUACCAUUUUAAGUUUAAAAGGAAGUACCUUCAGGUGAACGACUUUCGAAUAAAAUUUACGAGAAAGCUUAUCACUCCAUUUGAUCACUUGGUAGAUAAUUUUCAAUUUGUUUUUGACACGCCAAACAUUAAAAAGAAUUUAUUUAAAAUUGUGAGAGCAAUGCAACUGGAUAACUCUAUCCUACUGGAGGGCUCUCCUGGGGUUGGAAAAACGUGCAUAAUUAAUAUGUUGGCAAAAUUAACAAAUAAUAAAUUGAUUCGGAUUAACCUAUCUGAGUGCACCGACAUUUAUGAUUUGAUAGGAUCCUACUUUCCCAGGAAGGAUGAAAAAAGAAAAGGUUCCAAACAUGGGAUCCAAGUUAAGAGAAACAACCCCGUUUUGAAUAACGAAGUGAAGGAAGAAGGGGAAGAGCGAACAUCUGAUGGAGGCAAAAUUGAAGAGUGUGACAAGUCCCCUUUCCAAUACAUUUGGAAAGACGGAAAACUCAUCGAGUGCAUGAAGAAAGGCUAUUGGAUCCUUGUUGAUGAAAUAAAUUUAGCAAAUCAACAAACAUUGGAAGGAAUAAACUCCAUUUUAGAUCACAGGAAAGACAUAUUUAUCCCCGAAACGAACGAAACGGUUAAGAGCCAUCCGAAUUUUCGAUUGUUCUGUUGUCAAAAUCCAUACAGCGAAGGUGGAGGAAGGAAGGGCCUCCCUAAAUCCUUCUUGAACAGAUUUUCCAAAAUAUAUUUUGAAGAACUUAAUGAGGAAGACUACCUCUGCAUUGUACAAAGACUCUAUGGUAGCUAUAUCCCGAAGGAAGACAUACAAAAUAUUAUAACCGUAGCCUUUGUGAUGAAAAAAAUAAAUCCACUCCUUAGGAACAGCGAGUGUUGGGUGUGGAACCUCAGGGAUAUUUUGCGAAUUUGCAAAUUUUUACAGUCGAACGGAAGAGGAACCGGUUUUGUCCCUAUCUGCGAUAUGCUAAUCUGUAGCAGGCUCACUUGCGCCGAGGAUAGAGAAAUCGUGCGCUCCGUUAUAGCCAACGUGUACAGUGUCGGAGAAACUAGCAGGGAAGAGUUUUUAAAAAGCCUCUGCGAAGCAACAUCCAGGGAGAACCUGCUUGCCCUUGUGAGAAACAACGAGGUGAAGCAUUUGAACGCCUUUUACACAAAUUUGUAUUACCACGAGGCGAAUCUUUGCGCAGCACAUGAAUGGAGAAAUAAAACAGGCCCAGGAAAAAUGGGAAUGAUACCAAGUCAAAUUCAGCCAUCCACCUUUCUGCUAUCGAAAGACGAAAAAAUUUACUAUGCAUGCGAAGCGGCGAUAAGAUUGAGUAUUCCCAUUCUGUUAGUUGGAAAAAAUAAUUCCGGAAAAUCAACCUUCGUUAACCAAUUGGCACACACAUUUGAGAAGAAGCUAUUCGAAUUCUCGCUGACGAAUGAUAUGGACACCUUCGACCUAUUUGGUUGCUACGAACACAACAGUAGAGACAAUGUAAUAAAAAAAGUGGAAAGAAAAAUGCACAAUUUGAAUAAACUCCUUUUAAGAACCAUUUUGAAGAAAAAAAAUUUAAAAAAAUUUUACCACUCGUAUUUUAACAAAGGGGAAUUCCGACGUAGAAUUAAACGAAAGAAAAUAAAAAUCAUGGUGAGGUUAAAUAAUUUGUCAAAGGAAUUCCUUAAUGCGUUGAGAAAGGGUGAUGUAUCUGAUAAGGAUGCCUUGUCUGUUGAGAGGAACUACGUGCAUUUUGUGCAAACCUGUAUGGAGGUCACGAUGAUAAUGCAGAAUAAGUGCAGGAGAAGAAGAAACCGAAUUGAAAAAGCCCUGCUAGAUAUAAGGCACGUUUUUGAAACCAUUAGGAAAAACCAUAUUAACGAAAAUGUAUAUAUCUAUAAUGAAGGGAAUUUUAUUAAAGCCAUCAGGAAGGGUCAUUGGGUUCUUGUUAAGCAUGUGCACCUUUCGACCCCCUCCCUCCUGGACAGAUUAAAUAGUCUAUUUGAAGAAAACGGAUACAUGCUUUUACACGAAUUCGGAAAGAAGAAAAAAAUCAAGCCACACAGAAAUUUCCAGAUCUUCUUAACCUUAAAUUCUGAAGAACAUUACAAAAUUAGUAAAGCGUUACGAAACCGUUGUUUUGAGAUUCACUUUGGAGGGCCUUCUUGUGAGUAUGUCGGGAAUGCCGUAAAUUUGUAUGAUCAAUCUGGGAAUAGUGUCUUUGCCAGAGAUGAUCUAUCGUCCUUCUUCCGAAGAACUGGUACGGUUGAAGAGAGUAAUGAGGAGGCACGAUCCAUACGUGCCUCUAGCGUCGAAACUUCCAAUUUUGAGGGGAGCAAUGCGCAAGAUGAGCAGAGUCGCACCGCUGAUCGCAGCUUCGUCAUGCGUGUGGCGAACAUUUGCUUUAGCGAGGUGAAAGGUUUUGAUGCACAGGGGAACGAUGCACCGGUGAAGGAUGCACAGGUGAAGGCAGAAGAAGAGGAAUAUUUGAACCUCGUCAGGAAGGGAAACGUGCUCCACUACUUGAUGCAGGCCUUUUUGAAGAAGAUUCAGAAGGAGGUGGGAGAUUCAAGUUGGGGCGUCGACAUGAACCCCACAUAUUCAUCUGCAUACAGACGUGGAGAAAAUAUGAAGGCCGAAAUGGUAGCUCUCUUCUUCAACCGGGGAGAUGUAAAAACGAACUGCACCAAAAUGAUGGAUUACGUAAACUACUGUUAUGAGCGUUUCUUAAGCUUAAAAGGAGUGAGACCCACCACAGACAUUAUACAUUUGUGCGUAGCCAUAUCUAUGACGGUGUACCUGAUGGAGAGAAUGAUAGAUGAAGAAAAAGUGAUAGAAAUAAGGAAAAAGAUCGCCCACAUGGAGCAGGAAAAUUGGAAGAGAAAAAACAUGAAGUGGAAUAAAAAUUUUAAAAUCCAUCUAAACGCAUUGCUAAAUUAUAAAUUCGAAAAUAAUUUUUACCAUGUAGAUAAUUACAUUAUGUAUAUGUGUAGCCACUUUUUACGGGUUAGAAAAAAUCGAGCAGAUGGAGAAAAAGUUGUUUCUCUUUUUAAAAAAUGGACAGAUAUGUUUUCAAAUUCAUUUGUAAAUUUUUACUCUCAAAUAUAUUCCAAGCUGAAUGAAAAAACGCAAUUAUUUUUUUUCCCAUUUUUUGAAUGUCUUCAUAAAUGCGUACUACGAACGGUACUUAACAUCAGAAAUGGGAUCCGUCAUUUUGUAAAAAGUGAGAACCUUCAGGAGGGGCUUAUACGAAGAAUAAAUUGUUCGAACAAAUUAUCUCACAGGGUGAAGAGUAGGCAUUUCAUUUACCUUUAUUUCUAUUGCUUUAUUAAUUAUGUUAAUACUUAUUAUAGAAGUUAUCGGAAGGAAAGGAAGAGAGGCCCCUUCGCCAGCGACGCAGGAGCAUAUCCCCCAGUUUACAUAGCCAAAGAGAUUGCUUUGAUUAACUCGAUGAGCAACCUUAAAUUGAACAAGCUUUUUUGUUACUCUGUGUAUUGCUUCUUGGAGAAUUUUUCUUCAAAUGACCUCCUAUACAGACAUUAUCAUCUUCUAAACAUUAAAAAUAAGAUAAUCCUUAGGGGUAAAAUUGAAGAGGCAGAUCAUAUGGUAAAAUACUUAGAUUUUGUUACGGACAAAGUUAUAAGAGGAAAGAUGCACUACUUUGGUGUUAUGCGCGAUUGUGUGUUUGGAUUGAUUGGCGAAGAGUGUAAGGAAGAUUUAGUGGCCGCUACAAAGGCUUCACUUAGACCACUUACCGCCGCAAGGAAAUACCUCCUCAUCAAGGAAGACCCCAAGUUUACGAAAUUGAAGUAUCUGUUUGAGGCGUUUCUGAAGUGGAACUUGAGCUACCAGUACUUUGAAAGUUACAACCACUUUGGAAAAUCCCAACAUAUUGCAAAUUGUCAACUUCCUUCCGAAUGUGGCACCACUACCAAAUCGAUAACGAAGGCAGAGUCCCGCCUCUGGCGACUAACGAACAAGUUUCUAAUGCAUGUAGAGGAGAUACUCUUCCAACUGGCUAAGUAUGGAUUAACCUCCCAAGAGGAUGAAGACGCUUUCAUUUAUUACCUCUUCCUAUACGUAUUCACUUUUGACAACCUAUGCCACUUAAGGAGUGAUUCUGUGUACUUGAAAAUUAUCUUCCUGAUUGAUGCUGUGAAGUAUGCAUUUAGGUGGGACAAAUACUUCAAGCAGAAUUGGAGGUCGAUGAAAUUUUUGCAAAAGGUCAAAAGGAUAGCUGAUCGGAGCAAAUUGCAUGCCCCUUUUGGAGACAUUCAAAUAGGUAGCUACUUUGACCAAAGUGAGAACUCCUCGUUGAACGACUUUAACCGAAUGAAGGAAAAAAUGAGAUGGUGGAGAAAAUCCGACAACCAAGAACAGAUGAUUAUGGUUACCCCCUCGAUUGACUACUUCUCCAACCGGUGGAUAAAAAACGUAUUCGAAGUUGUUAAUAAUAUAUAUAUAAGUCACUUUGUAAAGUCGGUGAAUCUGGGAAGAUAUUAUUACGCCAUGCUGCAUCACUCCGUCAAUGGUGGAGAAGAGGGUAGGAGAAUAAAUCCAUUGUAUAGCUUUAAUUUUAAGGGGGAAGAGGGCAAAAGCGUAGACGAGGAUGUAGAAAAUCUUCUCAUACAAACAAAGUCCUUCUCGUAUGCUUUAAAAGUUUUACAAAAUGAUGAGCCCAAGGUAAGAAAUGUUGAGAAAUUAAUUAUGGACAGUUUGUCUACCAAAAGGGAUGUGAUAUCUUUGGAUGGAGGUAUAUCGACGGAGAGACUCCACCCGAUGGAUGAAUAUCAGAAUGAAGAAGGUAGCGAACAGGAUGGAGUUAGGGAUCUCUCACGAAAUGAAGACAACUCAGAUGGAAAAGGAAACCAACUGUUAUUUCACUAUCAGUUUAUAAUUUUUAACAUAGACUUGAAGUACUUACAUAACGCAUUUGUUUACUUUUUAAACACGUACAUGUGGUUGAAGUGGGAGCAACUGUACGACCAAGUGGAAGGUGCACCAAAAGAAACUGUGAAGGCUAUACGCUCAAGGGAAAUUCACCACAAGAGGACCAGAAUCGAUAUCAUAGAGCGCGUAAAAGAGAACAUAAAACAAAUGUACAAUUAUCUACGAGGAAUGGAAAAAACCAUAUUUUUGCAGGAAGAAAAAAUCGAGGUGUUGACCUUGCUGAAGGAGAAGUAUGGAAGACUGGAAUGGGCCCAAGAGCAGGGACGAGAAAACGACGAGAAAGAUGCUGCAAUGAAUAUGUCCAGAAAUGAAAUGUCCAAUGGGAAAUAUCCACCCUUCGAGCUACAGAUGAUCUUCUCCAUCAUAGAGGAAUUGCUCAACAUUCUUUACUGCUUUUUAAUGAAUGUGUAUUUGGUGAGGGACAAAAGUUAUGAUUACGCAAAGGAAGAUGUUAAUCGCGUUCAAUUUGGCUACAACGAUGAUGAGACGAAUUAUUCACGUGGCUUCGUUAGAGAAGGGUGGGGUGCAUACCAGGGAGAGUUUCAACCAAAUAUUACAUAUGUUCAUAACCCAGUUCUGUCCACCCGCUGGAGUGGUAAUAACAUAAUUGGACCUAUCACCGGUGCUGGAAAGGGAUCACUUCUAAUGAGAUAUCCUCACUUUGACGCUACCCUGGAUGAAAUGAAAGGAAACUACUUAACUUACGAAGGGUACACGAUAUUUAAAGACAUCUACGUUAACAAAUGCUUCGACGAGACAAGCACAUUCCGACUUUAUCCAUACGUGUCUUCAUCUUUGGUGAACAGAACUGUGAUAUUUGAUUCAGUUGUGAGCGUAUAUCAGGAACUUAGAAGGAAGAAGGUUACUCUGCUUUAUUUAAACAUGAGCAAUGUUAUAUUUCGGAGCUUGAAAAGGAGUUAUCAAGACUAUGUGGAAAGGGUUGCACCUGACGUGAUCGUACCACCCAGAGCGGCGAUGUCAACUGAUGUCUUUCCCGGAGAAAAAAUCUCUUCGGCUAGCGAAAGAUUACUGAAUAGCAGAGGGCAAAGUAGCACGCGUUACUAUUUCGCGUUCCACGCAAUGACCAUACUCCUUAACAUCCUAAACAGUGAAGCGUUAAAAGGGGAGGAAGCGAAGAGGGACAGAUUGCUAAUGCAUGUUCUAGAAAUUUUCCGAUUUAUUAUAGAUGGAAGAGGGGAAGAGACAUCACCCGAAAUGUUACUACAUUUGUUGGAGAUACAUAUGUGUAUACGCAGUUUGAGAGAAAAAAUUCGUAGUAUUGAAAGAAUCCAAAAGUAUGUCUUUGCAAUGCUUUUUAUUCUGUUUAGAUUUAUUUUAAGAAAUCUGCACAAGCACAAUGGAGGAGGUGAAAAGGGAUUUCCACGAAACGCUAGCAAAGUGAUGCUCAGUUCACAUGAUUCUCCUUCCCGAGAUAUCCUACAGCAGGGGCAUCCCUCAACGGGUGAUUGCUUGGGUGGAUUAUCUACCAUAGGGCACUCAGAAAAAUGCCUAUACGAAGGAAACGCAACAUGUGAACAUAUUAAAGGGAUAAAGGAUGAACUAACUGAAAACCGUGAAGAAUUGUACAGAUGGAUGCAGUACCUCCUAGGGAAGACGAACAAGGAUGUGCAACAAAUGUUGUAUCUGCUUUUUCCGGAUCAUCUCAUCGCAGUAGAUUUGACGGAGAAGUAUCAAGAGGAAGAGUUCCUUUUCUCCCUGGGUUGUCUCUACAUUUCGCAUUACUUUUUAAAUGUCAUUUGCUGCCAAGUGAGAAAAAAAAUGAAGGACCUUCUCAAACAGAUGGAAGUGAAAAAUUACCUGAACAAAUCAGUUGCAUCGUUAAAGGAAGAAAUUUACAUGGGAGGUCAACACAACAUGUAUACGGAGAAAGUGAAUCCAUUUGCGCAGGUGUCUUACGGAGAUUUCAUCAAAAUGAGGAGGAAGAAACAGUUGAAGGAGUAUAUAAAAAAUAUGAAAACGAAUUUGCCGCUACUACCGAAUCUUUUACAGAAUAUAAAAAAAGGAAAUAAGAAAAAAUUGAAAUCUCUUUUAUCCAGAUGUGAAAAGAAUAACAACCCAUGUGGGUACUUCAUCACGGAAUACAUAAGUAAAAAUAGCUCGAAGAAUAUGCACACAUUGUACUUAGAAUUAAAAAAUGAGCACAAGGAAUUUAUAAAGAAUUUGCUACCCCUGGAAAGUAUAGAAAAUAAUAUUCUAUUCGGUUUGAUCAAUUCGAACGAUUUUAUUAACCCUUCGAUUAUAAACACAUGCCUCAACUUUGCGCACCACGUAAGGAACAAGUAUAGUUUGGUAUCAAAGUUUGCGCAGGCCAUCACACAUUCGCUAAGUGUGCUCAUACAUGCGGUGCAUGAGGUGAAUUUCUCUAUACUGCGAAGUAAGCAAAGAGGGGAUAGUGGAAAAAUGGAGAGAAGAACAACAAUCCCGCGGGGCAUUAUUCAACUUGAUCGAGUAGUAAACAAGAGGAAUGAUUUAUACAGCUGUAUUAAAUUCCCGCUGAAUUUUAACAAAAUUUUAAAACUAAAAAAGAAUUCCUAUGAUGGCCAAAUUCACGACCUAGAGUAUCUGCUUUUCAUCACGAAGAUAUUAAAAAAAACGAAGAAUAUUUCAACCCAGUUUGAUGUGGCAUCCCUACUCCCUCUGCUAAAACGAAUGUGUAGACAAGUUGUAAUUUUUAAUGAGAAGGAUGAAACUGACAACAUGAAUGACUUCCUCAAAAUCGAUCAGUUUAAGAGUAGGACCGCCAAGGAGAUGCACGAGAGUUUGAUCGACAGGGAAUUUAUUGAGAAGAACAUCGAGAAGGAGUUGGACAAUGUAUUUUACUCGCAGGAAUACUUUUCAACUCAGGCGGGGGGCACAUCUGUUGAACAUGGUACCAGACGCUUUGCAGGGGAGGAUAGCAAUGAAGACGACAUGGAACAGGAGCAUAUCGAUGAGACGAAUGGAGAACGUGACCAACGCGAUUCCAACGAAAGCGAUUCCAACGAAAGCGAUUCCAAACAAGUAGAAACGGAAAAGCCAAAUGAACCGCUCUUUAACAAAAUUGUUUACAAGAUGGCAAAGUUAUUCAAGGAGGGCAAAUGCAAGAACCAGAAGAAAAUCCCCCCAAGUGAAAUUGAAAGAACAAAAAAAAGCAUAAGGCACACGCUGGAUAUGCUCAUAAGACUGAAUUCUGGAGAGGAUUUCAUUCCGAAGGAUACAAACUGUGGGGAAAAAAAGAAAAUUAGCUUCCUCACCUCCACAAAUGGGGGGGAAAAACAAAACGGGUGCACGUUUCUGUUGAAGAAGGAUAAUGAAGAGAAGAGGCUCCUCCUUUUUACACUUAACAUGUUGUCCCAAUUUAAUGACUUGACAAAAUAUAAUGACAACAAAUUUGCAAUUUUUAAAAAAAAAAUAGGAGAAUGCUUGCAAAACUGUAGGAACAAAAACCACGUAUAUAUAAAUAACUAUGUUAACCUUCUGGACGAUAACUUCAUGGAAUAUAUCUUCAGCGCGUUGAACGACUUGUCCUUCUUCUUAAUCAAUUUGAAAAAGGAGUUUGUACAAAUUUACAACGAAAGCGGGAAUAUCAAUGUCCUUAGUAUACUCAAUGGUAUUAAUAACAUACUAAGUUUCUCCAUUAACAACAUUGAAAAUGAGAUAGAGAAAAUAAUUUAUAAACUGGAACACUUGGUUACUCUCAUCUUAUCUCUGAAGAAUGAUAAUUACGUAAGCUUUGAUGAAGUCACCAUGAGAAGGGUUAAACAGGUCAUGCAGAAUAGUGCACCUGAGGAUCUGCUAAUUUAUACCGUUUACUUUAGGCUCUACAAAUUGAAAAGUGUAAAAACUAUUCGUAAAAAUUUAAAUAGAAAAAUUGUGAAAAAGAGAACUCUGAGUUUGUUCUCCUAUAUGUUCUACCUUUGCUAUGAUGAUACAGAGGCGGGGGAAUUGAAAAUCAGCGACAACGAGGUGAAGAACACGCAGGGUAAUUCCAAUCUAAGUAGAACCGUUACGCAGGAUAAUCCGAAUAGUUGUAACAAUGAUGCCGAGGUGGACAACCUUGCCAAGAUCAAAAUUGUGAAGACAUUCGAAACGUUGGUGAUUUUCUUAAGGGACUCGAUGGCGGGGGAAUUUUCUGCGCGGCUAAAUUUGAUAGACUUUAUCGCCCAUUUGUUUAGGAAUUCGGAAAAGCCGAGCGAAAGGAUGAUGAGCAAUGUAUUUUCAAAUGUGUACAGCUACAUGCGAAUAUAUUUACCACUUAUAAAAAAACGAAUUGAAAACUGUAAGAAAUGUUUUGACGUCCAGUUGAGGAAGGCUUUAGAAAAAAUGAACUUCGACUUGGUGGAUCUGGAGGCAUACAAGUGGUCCAUCAUGAAGUUGAAAAGGAAAAUUGCCUACUUCGCCAAGUUGUAUUUUCAGCAGAUCAGCGUCACCGUGGAUAAGCUCAUCGUGCAGAAUGGUCCCUUCUUUGGGUUGAAAUCGAAACUGGAAAGUCCUACAUCUGGUGCGAAUGUCGACAAUGUUGCGAGUUCGAGUUUCUCGCAAAAUGGCAUAGAUACAUUGGAAGAUGACUCACGCGCAGACGAAGUGAAUUCUGAUGUGCUCAGUUCAAGCGGUUCGUCAUCACCCGAGGAGGAUCUACAAAAUGGAGCCACUGUCAAUUCGUCGGAAGAUAAUAUAGGCGAAGCAGUUCCUCAGAACUACGGUACUGAUGAACGGGAGGACGACACCACUACCCCUGCAGGAGAAAAGAAAAAUCGGUUCCACGAUCAACUGAACGAAUUGAAGGAAUCCUUAACUAGGCUGAGAAAAAGAGUAAAAACAAAAAAAACCUUGGACCAAUUUUUAACAAACAUGGAUCUGCACAACAGUUUUGAAGAUAUCUCCAGAAAUUACGUCGCUGAGGUAAAGAACAUAUUAAAUGUGCAGUGCAGAGAUGCGGGCAUAAAUCAGAAGAAGAGGUGGAUCUACAUAUUGAAGCACUUCCUUACCAAAAAAUUAAAUAUCCCCUCUUUGAAGAAGUUUGAUAAUUUUAAUUUUUUUUCGAGUGUUUUCCAAAAUGACGUACCGUUUUGUGACAGUACUAGGUGUAGUUUAUUUGGCCUGGAAUAUCGAUGUCCUGAUGAAAUUUUGGCCGAGCUGAAAAAUUGCCUAAUGUAUAUGAUCGAGGAGGAUGACACAUUAAAGGAUGAGCAGGUUAAAAUGAAAGAGAUGAAGCAAGCGAAUGAAGAGGUUCUCCUCAUGGAAGAGGAAUUACAGAAAGAAGUAAAGAGAAACAGAUUAUACACUCUGCACUUUUUAGACGAAAUAAACGACAUUCUAAAUCAUAGUGAAGAAAAAAACGCAGAAAUUCUGCACCUGACGAUUUAUAUAAGAUCUUUAAGUAUGCAUGAAGACAUGGCAAAUGAUGAUGCGUUGUACUACCUUUUUAAUUCCAUCAUAUGUGAAUACUUUAAUUUGAGAAAAGAAGUAAGCAUCUUCUAUCGUCACUUUGUGUGUUACUACCUACUCGCGACAACACUCCUCUGUGAGAAGAAAUACGAACUGGAUUAUAUGUUUGUGGACAUUGCCACUUUUGAUAAUUUCUUGCAAAAAUGUAACCUGGUGAAGGGUGCAUUGCUGCAGGUUCUUAGCACCGGUUUGGGUACAACAGUGUCUAAGGCGGACCGACAGAGAGCUAGCAAUUUCUUCAGGAGCGCUCUCAAAUGCGUUUACAAAAUGGCAUACAUCACGCACAGUUCAAAUGAGUUCAGAAUGUUUAACUAUUUUAGAAAUGUAUACAUGUCCACCUGGAGUGGUAAGGGGGUAGAAGAAUUGGGUGUCGCCUUUCCAUCCAUAAAACUCAGAAUGAACGUUAAUUUUUUGGAGUGUCUUAACAAUUACGUAAAUUUCUUAAGAGAAAACUUAAGUGUAAUUUUUACCCUAAACGUGGCUCCCUAUUUUAAGGAUAAGAUUCAUGCACAAGUGAUGAAAGUAGUUGAUCUCUUUACCCAGAUGAAAUGUGGUUCGCCAGAUGUAACAUCCCAUUGUUAUGAGGAGAUGGCAUCCCCCUUUGAAAAGAAUCAGAAGCAGUAUUGGGGUGAGCACCCACAGGAAGAUCAAGUAGAAAAACUGAACGAGCAAAUGUGCGGGUUUAUUAGCAAUCUUGUUCAGAAAAAAUCUAUCAUAUAUAUUAGGGAUUACCCGAAUUUCCAAAAUGAUAAAAACGUGAAUGAAAUUUACUGCAUGAAGGAUAUCAUCCAAAUGUACUUUAAAUUGCAAAGUAAUUAUUGUAUACUUAUAGGAAGAGAAGAGAAGAGCAAGUCCAUGAGAAUAUUUCACUAUCUGAAUAAAAAUUUGUUUUAUUUUACCAAGUGCGUCCUUCUGUACAUGCUUGAUAUAUUUUUAGGCUUCUCAAACAUAUCCCUUUACUUCUUAAAAGUGCUGAAAAUUUUGUACACGAAGGGGCUUUGUAGAGAUGCAGAAAGCGGGAAGGAAACCUUGAAGGAGGCAAAGGAGGAAGAAAACGUUUUCCACAAGGUGGACUUCCUGCAAGGAAUAGGAUUAGGAGAAGGGAAAGGAAUUAAAAAUAUUUCCAGCCAAGUGGAUAAUGAAGAUUUAGAUAAUAUAUACAAUGAGGAUGAAAAUAAUUUCAGCCAAGAUGAAAACGACUUCGAUGAAGAAGCCAUUGAGGCUACGUACAAUUUUGAAAAAUUCUGUGAGAAGGAAUUAACCGGAGGUGAACAACAGGGCGGGGAGGAUAACUCUACCAAGUUAGAAAACGAACAAAAUAAUUUAGAUAUGGAUAAGAAGGGAGAAAGGGAGGAAGAGAAUAAGAAGAAUAAUGAAGCAAGAAAAGCUGAUGACGAGAAAAAUGAAACAGGAAACUCCGAAGGCGAUCCACAGGGUUCAAAUGAGCAGAAUCACCCUAUUGAUGAUGUGCUCGAAAAAAAUAAUAGCAACCAGUGGGAUGUGAGUGAACGCAGUGGCGCGUUGAACGAUGCAUUGAAGGGAGACGACAAAGGGGAUGUCGAGGAGGACAAGGAAAAGGAUAGUGACGUACGGAGUGAUGUUGAGGAUAACGCAGAUAGGGAAGUAGAAGAAAAGGAACAACCUAUAUUACAGAAUAAGACAGACGAACCCUCCAGCGGAACCAUGAACGAUCAGAAAAAUGUCAAAAUGGAUAAUGAUGGUGAAGGAGACACGAAUGAAUUUCCAAAGGGAGAACCAAAUGAGAGUUGCAAUUUGACGAAUGAGGAACAAGGUGAUAAUAAAGGAGCAGAUAAUUUGGAUGGCCUAAUGGGUGAAGGAAAUGAAAUGCUAAAAGGAGAGAAGGAUGAAAUGAACAACCAAUUUGAGUUCAAUCUAGAUUCCAAUUUUGAAAUAGAAUCGAGCGACUUUUCCAGAAGUUGCAGCGAAAGAUCCUUUGGGAGCAGAGAGGAAAAGUUGGACGCGCAGCCGGAUGAGGAAAUGGGAAAAGAAGACCAGGGAGGUACUACGAAAAGGGAAGAACCAGAUGCGAGCAGAAGGAAUGAACGUGAAUUUAGCGAACAGGAUCCAGGAGAAGUUGACAUUCGCCACGAAGUAGAAGAAUUGGAUGGGAAUGAUUCCCUCGAGGAAGACGCCGCAGAAGAGUCGGAUGAUGCGUAUGACGGGGACCAGUCGGAGAUAGACCAGGUGGACCAGUUCGAUACGGAUAAGCGUAGGAAUGACCGAAGGGGGAAAGGGUUCAAGAGCGGUCAGGUUGAGCCACAGGAGGGGCAGGCGGACGCCGCUGAAGAAGAAAGGGAGAGUGCAGAUGAUGCGGAUGGUGCAGAUGACGGGGAUGGUGCAGAUGUCGCGCAGGAGAGGGAGGAUGAGAUGCAUUCCCCGGAUGAAGGAGAAGCGGAUGAUCAGGCUGAUGAUCAGGUUGAUGAUCGGGCUGACGAUCAACCUGUAGACCCGAUGGACAACCAAAUCGGUGAAGAGCAAAUAGCAGAAGCAUGCAAAGAAACAGACGCCCUCGCUGAGGCACAAAAUCGCAAUGAGCCGGUUGAAGAGUCAGAGGAGGUGGUAGCCAAGGAAGAAAUACAAAAAAGCGAAGUACAAGAAGAAAGAAAGCCAACAAGGCAAGGUGAAGAGCACAACGAACGUAGGAAUAAAUUUGGAGAGACAGUCAAAGGGAACAUUACCUCAGAGGAAGAACUUAACGAUGAGUAUCAAAAUGAGUACGCAGAUGAAAAAGCGCGAAACGCACCCCCAACGGGGCAUAUGGGCACAGAGAAGGACCACCCUCAGAUGGACAAUACUUUACACAAUUUGGAUGAUGCGGGAAUUAGUAAGGAAGAGUCGUUCCACAAAUGGGAGGAUGCAGAAGCAGACGAUACGAAUAGGCAGAUCGAAAGGGAGGGAAGUAGCCGCCCAGGAAAGAGCGAUAAGAAGGAAAACAACGAUGAUGAAGGGACCGAUGCAAACGAUAUUUCAUUUUCAAUUGACAAGUGCAACAUAUAUACUAAAAAUUUUGUCGACAUAAGUAACUUUAUCGAAAAAAUAAAUGAGAGAUUGCUGAACAUGGAUAGGGAGAAGGAUUCGGUGGAGAAUGAGAAGGCGAUGCACGAUUCCCAAACGAUGAAAGAAAAUUUUAACGUAACGAAAGAGGAACAUCGUAAAAAUAAGGAUGAGGAAAACAUGUGUGGGGAUAUGAGCAUGGAUUUUGUCACCUCAGGGGAAAUGCAACCUGUGGAACAGAUGAGUGAAAGGGAUGCUCAGGAGAUGAAGCAAAAUGUUAAGAAGGAGGAGGACACUCAUGAAGAAAAUGAAGAAAAAAAUAAAUAUUCGAAUGAGGUGAAUGGGAAGAAGGCUCCGCGUGAAAGGAAAGAUCUGGUGGAUGUGAAAAGAAGAGGAAAUGACUCUGAGGCGGAAGAUAGGGGAGAUCAUUUAGAUGACAAAUUGGAAGAUGGAUUUUCGGACCAAGCGAGCGACAACCCCUCGAUGGAGAACGGGUCUAGGGAAAAAGGCAGAGAGGAAGUUGCCAGGGCGCGGUACGAAACAACCUCCGAGGAAGAGGCCAACGACGAUAUGGAAAUCGCUGAAAGGGAAAGUAUCCAUUAUUCGGAUGACAAUUUGCAAACGCACAAAAAGGAGGAAAAAGAAAAUACAAAAAAGGACGAAGGCUAUUAUAAAGUGCAUCAAAAUGAAAAGGCUCUGGAAAGGGAAUACGCACAAGACGAAGAUGGAGAAAAUAUUAACCAUAAGGUUAAUAGCGCAGAAGGAGCAGCAGAAUUCGCACUGAUUAACGAGCAGAUAACCGCAGAGUAUGAAGAAAUAUACGACCAAAUAAACAACGAAACGGAAGUGAUGUCGAGUGAGCUGUGUGAGCAAUUAAAAAUAAUCCUGGAACCAACUGUGCGCAAUAAAUACCAAGGAGAUUAUAAAUCGGGAAAAAAAUUAAAUAUAAAAAAAUUAGUAAAUUAUUUUGCAAGCGAUUUCCGAAACAAUAAAAUAUGGAAAAGACGAACCAAAUUGAAUAAACGAGAUUACAACAUCGUCAUCGCAAUUGAUAAUACAAAAAGUAUGAAAAUAAAUAACAUACAAAAAAUAACAUUAAAUGCUAUAUUUUUAGUGGCUAGAGCAUUUGAAAAAUUACAAGUGGGAAGAAUUGCCAUAUGCUCCUUUGGAGAAAAUGAUAACGGAAUUCAUGCAAACAAUGUUGUAUGUUCGAUGAAAAAUAAUCUUAAUAAGCAAGAUUUUUUAAAAAUCUUAAAUCAUUUUCAAUUUAAUCAUGACACGAAAAAUUCUUUUGACAAUGCUAUGUUGAAUGCGCUAAAAAUUUGCAAUUACAUCCUUAAGAAUACGCAUAGUUUUACUAGUCCACAAAAUGGAGGGAAAAAUGCAAUGAGCCAUUUAAUGCUCAUAAUCAGUGAUGGAAGAUUUAACAAGAGUACUGUGAGAGGGGAGAUUUUCAAAUGCAUACAAAAUAAUUUCAUCCCAAUGUUGAUGAUUAUUGAUACACAGCUAUCCAAUAAUAAGGCACAAUCCAUUUUCAAUUUAAAACAAACAUUUUACAAGGAUAAUAAACUGCAUAUAGUUCCAUACCUGCACGAUUUCCCUUUUCCAUACUUUGUCGUCGUCAAUGACAUAAAUGAAAUUCCCACUCUCAUGUGUGAUAUUAUAAGACAAUGGUUUCAGACUCUUAACAAUAGGUAG